CUUGUUGAUGGCCACCACCGUUGUCCCAACUGCAUUUGAUCGAGCCCGCCACGGUGAGCACGGCGAGGAGAUGGAUCCGGAGGAAAGAUGCCACAACAGGGCGUCGCCAUAGUGAAGCCCCGCCAACGCGCACGUGAUGCAGCUCUCUGUGACAUCAAAAGCCUCGCUGGCGCCUCCUUUUUUCCUUCAACCUUCAAGUUCGACAAGUAGAAACCGGUUCAUCAAGUUCAUUCCCCGUUCAUCCCCUCCUCGCUCAUCCCGCCAUAAUGUCUGAAGCCCCCGCCGCCCCUGUCACCGAGAACGGCGUCCCUCCGGCUACGCAAGAGAAGAUCGUCGAAGAAGUGCCCGGCUUCAAGGUAUUUGCCGGCAAUCUUGCGUACUCCACUACGGAUGAGGGGCUGAAGGCUUUCUUUGAACCUGUGGCAAGCGAAAUUGUCUCCGCUCAGGUCAUUCUCCGUGGUACGCGCUCGGCGGGCUACGGCUUCGUUGCUCUCAGCACCGAGGACGCUGCCCAGAAGGCCGUCGAGCUCCUCGACAAGAAGGAGCUCGACGGUCGCCCAGUGAUCGUCGAGAUUGCUAAGCCGGCGGAAGAGAAGGACAAGGAGAAGAAGCAGAAGCGGGCCGCCAAGCGCAAGCCCGGCAGGCGCGGCUCCAAGGCCCCUCCCGGCGAGGUCACCGAGGCGGAGGCCAACGGCGAGACUGAGAAGCCUGAAGAGGCUCCUGCUGCCGCCGCCGAGGACGGUGCGGCUAAGCCCAAGAAGACCAAGAAGAAGAGCCGCAAGCCCAAGAAGGCCGCUACUCCUGCCGCCGACUCCGCCGAGGCUGCCGCCACCACCGAGGCCACCCCCGCCGCCGAGGGUGCGGCUGCUGAGGCUGCCGAGAAGAAGCCUCGUACCCGCAAGCCCAAGGCCACCCGCCCGCGUCGUCCCGCUGGCGAGGACCCGGUUGGCGAGCUCUCCAAGAACAUGCUCUUCGUCGCCAACCUCGGCUUCAGCGUCGACGACGAUGGUCUUGCCGCCCUUUUCUCUGACGCUGGCAUUAAGGUCAACUCUGCUCGCAUCGUCCGCCGCGCCUGGGGCACCCCCCGCAAGAGCAAGGGCUAUGGUUUCGUUGACGUUGGUGACGAGGCCGAGCAGGCCAAGGCCAUCGAGCUCCUCCAAGGCAAGGAGGUCGGUGGCCGCCCGAUCGCCGUCAAGAUCGCCGUCAACACUCAAAUCAAGAAUGAGGAGAAGGCCAACGGCGAGGCUGCUCCUGAGGCUUCUGGCGAGGCUGCUCCCCCGGCCAACCCCGAGGCCGCCCCCGUGGCUGAGGUCGCGGCUUAAAUGCUGCCCGAUCAUCUGCGACUCUCCACAAAACAAACGACCCGACAUCCACUGUUCCGAGAGUUAUCGUCCCCCUUUCAUCAUAUUACAAUCCAUGGUCCAGCUCUGACAAGGGAUGAUCGUGGCUCAUGUGUGGAUAUCUUUUUCCCCGUUUUUCACGCGUCCGUGACGUGCGCCUACCGUGCUGGUGCUAUGUUCAUUGGAUAGGGUUUUGCCAAGUCUGGUCGUGGUCUCUCAGUCGAUUACUUGUACGUCGCUCAGGCAAUUAAUAUGCGACAUCU